AUGUGGCGGGGGCGAGGGCUGGGGGGGGAGAGACUUGUACACGGUAAAGCCAGCAAGAAGGACGACUCUGGCAGCGGGGUUCAACCCUUCGAGGUGGAGCUCCUGAGCGAUGUCGAAGGCGCUUCAGAGAAAAGAAGGCCGGGUCCUGAGAUGGAUGAAGCUUAUGGAGCUUUGUCAACCUCGGAAAACGACAAGUGGAUGCGGAACAUCUGGGCGGUGCAAAACAGAGCCGUCGUGAUGAGCUACUUUUGCGUCGGAUUCGCGAUUCGGUUCCUGACCACGCCGAUCUCCUACUACAUGGUCAACGUCAUAGGGGCUUCGCCGGGGCAGCAGAACAUCAUGUUGACGUUGGCCCAGCUCCCUUGGAGCUUCAAGCUGGUGUACGGGUUUAUAUCGGACAACUUCCCCAUCGGGGGCAUGCGGAGAAAGCCUUACUUCAUCAUGGGCUGGCUGGUGUACGUCUUGACCAAUCUCUACGUUGCCACCAAGGAGGUGCCAAGUAUCCAGCUCCUGGCGGUGGGGUCGCUGAUUAUGUCGAUGGGGUUUAUGCUGUCGGACGUGACGACUGACGCCAUCUUGGUUGAGCGGUCCAAGCACGAGCCUGCCGAAACCAGGGGAAGCAUGCAGGCCAUCGGCUACAGCGUCCGCUUCGUGGGCAGCCUGUUGGGAAGUACGAUGGGCCUGCUGCUGUACAACAAGGACGAAUGGGGGUGGGGCUUGUCGAUCCAGCAGCUCUUCUUCUUGAACGCCAUCUUCCCUGUGUUGUUCAUGGGGCCAUGGGUGUGGUCGCUGAGGGAGACGGCCGUGGUGACGGACGGCAACGUCCCCAUCGAGCAGCGGCUGCGGCAGCAGUGCACGGAAGUGUUCCGAGCGUUGGAGCAGAAAGCGGUGUACGGGCCGAUGGGGUUGAUCUUCAUUUACAACCUACUCCAGGUGCCCAACGCUGCGUGGAGGUCAUUCCUCGUCAUUGGGCUGUCUUUCUCCAACUUCGAGCUCGGUGUUCUUGGCGUGAUCGGUUCCCUCAUGGCGAGCUUGGGGCUGCUGGCGUACAAAAAAUGGUUCUUCCACUCAAGCUGGCGGAAGCUGUACGUUUGGACGACGUUGAUCGUCUCGUUCUUCAGCGCUUUCCAGAUUCUGCUCAUCUUGAGGGUGAACAAGAUGUUUGGCAUCGGUGACCUGGUCUUCUCCGUAGGGGACGACUGCAUCGCCGACUUCGUUUCGAGCAUACAAUUUCUUCCCGUGGUUCAGAUGUAUAUUGCGAUGUGCCCCGAUGGUGCGGAAGGCACGACCUACGCCAUUUUGACGACCAUGUCGAAUGUGUCGUUGGCUGCGGCUUUCACCCUCGGGACCUUGUUCACCGGCAUCUGGGACGUGAGCAACGAGGCUUUCGGCCGCGGCGACUUCAGCGGUAUGUGGAAGCUGACUCUCUUCACGAGCUUGAUUCAGCCGCUGCCGCUGUUAUUGAUCAGACGACUCCCGGCAAGCCAGUCGGAGCAGCAGGCCCUUCAGAAGACCGGCCUAAGGAACCGAUAUGGAGGUUAUGUGCUACUCACUGUGCUGUUCGGGAGCCUGUUUGGGACGGUGGUGGUCUCGAUCAAGAGUCUCAGCGCUUGAGCGACAGAACUGGACACGCAGACACAGUAGGGCGUGUCUGUCUUCCCUUAUUUACCCGGGAAGGAUAUGGGUUUCCCAGGCAGUGGAACUGAUGUUGCGGUGCCCCCUUUUUGACGGACGGGGGCACCUUUUGUGUAACCUGGUAUAGAUUUUAUUUUUGUCAAAUUUAGUACGUACACUCUUCUCUCUCUGUUCACGUUAAUGAGUCGUAUUUAUGAGCGCAUGCCGGAGCCUUGUUUCGAAGAGCUGGUGCUCGGUGUGCCGGACCUACCUGUUUAUGACUUGGAAGGCGUGUGUGUGGGCCUGUUGGCGUUGCCAACGAGUACGUUUUAGGACGCUGCUGUGUUUUCAUCUGGUUCACUCGAGGCAUGCGCAGGAGCUUGGUGAAGGCAAAGGCAUACCCUUAACGCCCCCGGCUUUGUCCUACUCCCUCAGAAAUGAUCAACGAAGCGUGUUGUAUCCAGUUGGUCUCGGAGGCUUUUACUUUUGGGCCAGGAAGCAAGUCGGCCGGAAAAAGUCAAUGUGUUCUCACGUGUGUUGUCACCAUGGUGCUUGUGGUGCCUUUGCUUGCUUUGCUAUGUUUGGUAUGAAAUGGGGACUGAAGAGAUUGAUGUUACCCUGUAAAGGGUUUCGCUCAGGAGUGUACGCUAUGCCUGCGGUGUUUGCUUGGAUGUAUGACUUAAACGUCUCGUGACGUCGUUGUAUGUGGGCGGGGGUACGAUUUUUGCACAGCCAUACCCCUCCCUCCCCUCACUGCCUUUGCAGCCAUUCCUGGCAAGGCCGUCCGACCCUGGUUUUGGAGACAAAGCCAAGACUUAGCGUUUUGGUCAUGAGUACAGGCACAAACGUUGGUCAUGGGCUUUAUUCGGCUUCAAAAAUCUCUCUUUUCUCCCUGC